CAUAAACUUAACGUUGUAAACCAGAAUCAUAGUGGAAAGGGUUUUUUUUGUUAGGAUGUUGCUCUAAGCAGGUGAAUCAGCCACUCAGUAGGCGGAGGGGAUUCAUGGAGCUCGUCUGGUGACGAUGACGACAUGCCUGCAUCAAGGGCAAAGUCGGGAUCAGGCAAGCCAAGUUUGUUGGCGGCUCUGAACAAGUCAUCCAAACCAGUCACUCGGACAGCUUCAGAUGUUUCCACUCAGAGUGCUAAAUCAAAUAGCAGAAUUCCUGUGAAAACAAAUGUUGCCAAAUCAGAACCCAUUCAAGAAUCCAAGCCUGCAGUACGUGACAACAACGCGCCGUCACGCAUUCCUGUCAAGACAGGCGAGAACCAGUCUCCAUCUCCAGCCAAGAAACCGCUGAUGGCUGGAGCGAGUCCGACAAGCAGCCCCACCAUUUCCCAACAGAGUACACCCACGAGGAGGAAAUUACCAACGCCAGGGGGAGUAGGGCAAGUAGUGAAGGAGUCGCCUCAAUUAUUCCAGGCCACCCCGAAGGGAGUGACGGAGGAGCAAGACUCGGAGGGUGCAGUCUCUGAUACAGACGUUCUCGCUGCGCUGAGUGGUGGAAAUACAAAGCUUUCAAAACCAGAUACAUCUGUGAGGCCAUCAGUGAAACCAAGUGGCGAUCUUGACUUCAGCUUGUCAUCGAGUGAUGGAGAGGAGAAUGAUGGUGAAGAUGUGUCCUUCAGCGAGCCUCCACUUGAUGACGAUGACAAUGAACCGCUGACCAGGCCCAGCUCUGGGUUUACGCCCUCACCUCAACCGCUGACCUCGACUCGGAAACCAGAGGGAGAUAGCGUGGGAAUAGAAAAGAAAGAAAAUGCCACACCCAAGUUGAAUUUAGAUCUUGGCAGCCCGGUCAGCUCCGUCUCCGACCCCGACCUCAGUGGCAUUUCGGACAACGAGCCUGCGAAGAAAGUCAGCGGUAAAAAGAGGGACAAACCGGAAGAACCUGUUAAACCUGCGGACGAAAGUCAAAGUGAAGAAGAGUCCGCCUGGGAUAGCUCGGAUGAUCUUCUUCCAUCUGAUGGUCCCGAUACCACAAGGGGCAGUAGCUUGUUUGGUACGAGAAGCCCUCCGCCUACAAAGACUACGGGUGAGAACAAACCUCAGAAAAAGGUAGCCGCUUCCCCGCGUGACACUGAUGCAAACGACAGCGAUUCCGAAGUCACGGAAUCAGAGGGUGAGUGGGAGAAAGAGAGAGCGUUGGAAAAAGCGAAAGAAAAGGAAAGACAGGAACAAGAAGCAUUGGAGAGAGAGAAAGAAAAGCAGAGAAUGUUGCAAUGGGAGAAGGAACGAAAAGAGAAAGAAGAAGCUCUCGCUAGAGAACUGCAGGCAGAGUUGGAAAUGGAAAUGGAGAUGGAAAGGAAAGAAAGGGAAGAGGAGGAAAGGCGGAAAAAGGAAGAGGAGGAAGAAGAGAAUGAGAGGAAGAGGAAAGAAGAAGAAGAAGAAGAAGAAGAAGAAAAUGAGAGGAAGCGAAGAGAGGAGGAAGAAAAUGAGAGGAGGCGCAGAGAAGAAGAGAAACGCCGGAGGGAAAGGGAAGAAGAGGAAACAAGAUUAAGAAGAGAAAAGGAGGAAGAGGCAAGAAGACGCGAGAGGGAAAAAGAAGAGAAACUAGAACGUGAACUGCUGCGGAAGGAAGAAGAAAAACGGCAGCUACAGUUGCAACAAGAAGACGAACGUCGGAAGCGAGAGGAAGAAGUGCACAGGAUUAAAGAACAGAAUGAGCAAGAAAUGCGUAUGUUCGAAUUACAAAAAGAACAGGAACUUGAGAGGCAAAUGCGACUCAAAGAGGAAGAGAUGGAACGGCAGAAGAGAGAGUACGAGGAGAGGUUGAAAAGGGAAAGGACUGCUUUGGAGGAACAGCGCUCUAAAGAAGCCGAAGACCUUCUUCACAAGCAAAGAACUGCAGACGAAGAAGCUGAAGUUCUGCUUCAAGCUUAUCGUCGAAAACAGGAAGAAUUGUUGGAAAAAGAAAGAUUAUUUGAGGAAGAAAUGAUUCGGCGUGAGAGGGAGCUGGAGGAGAGAAAGAAGAAAGAUGAACUGGAAAGAAUUGCUUCGCAGGAUAUGGUGACUGUGGUGCAGAAGGAUUCAUCGUAUUCCGCUGCUCCUCUAGGUGGCAGCUUGGAGCAGUCCAAGGAGUUGGAAGAACUGGAGGAGUGGAAGCGGAUGUACGAGAUGAAUGUAGAACAGGAGAAAACGGCUCUGGAAGACGCUGUCCGCAAGAGGAGGGAAGAAGAGCAGAAGGCCGCGGAAGCUGCAGAGAAGCUGCGUCAAAUACAGCAAGAAGAGGAAUUGAAGCGGAUCGAGGGAGCGCUGCGUCAUAGGCGGCAGGGCGAGGAGGUGAAGGAAGCAGAGAGUAAACUGAAGAGGCUGGAAGUAGAAGAACAGGCUGUCCAGACUAAGAAAGAAAUCGAGCAACAGCGCUUGAUGGACCUGGAGGCCCAAAAAAAUCGCCUAGAUCAGGAAACCAGCACUAAACUAGCUGAGCUUAACAACAGACAGUCAAAGCUUCGCGCGGCUUCAAGAAGCCCUUCGCGAUUCGAAACGACAAGUUGACAAGCAGAAAGAAAGAAUUGUGGCAUUGGAGACAAGCAGGAAGCAAAUGGAGAGCGACUUAGCUGAGUUGCAAUUGAAAGUGGAGACUCUAACCAAAGAGAGAUCUGAAUCUGAGCGGCUGAAAAUGGAGGUGGAGGCAGCUUAUAGGACACUGCAGUAUAAACAUGAACAGGAGAGCGAAGCUUUGCGCGUGUCUGAAGCUCUUCAGAGUCAACUAAAGGAACAGAUUUCAAGAUCAGAAGAAAAACUUGCCAAGGAACUGGAGAAGCGACAAAGCUUGGAGGUCGAGAAGCGCCAGCAACAAGCUGAAAUGAAAUCGUUAUGCAACACCGUUCAACAACUUGAGUCCGAUAUUCGAGAUCUUAAGAGAGCGCUGGCAGAAGAACAAGACGCCCGCGCCACGCAUAGCGAAUUACUUGAGGAAGAAAGGCGUAAAAACGACGCCUUGAUGGAAGAAACGCGACAUCAUUCUCAGCAGAAAACUGAAGCUCUUUAUCAGCUUGAAGCGGUGGAUAAAACUCGAAAGAGCUACGAAGAAAGUAGUGGUUCACUGAGAGAGGAACUCAAAGCAGCGCAGGUUGAGCUAGCUGAAACCAAGGCUCGUCUAGAAGCAACCAAAGCGUCUAUGGGAAAAGAAAUCGCGAUUUUGAAGGAAAAGUUAGAGAAAAAAGCGGUCAAAGUGGCCAAGCAUGAAGAAGCGUUACUUCAAACGCGCGCCGAAUUCGAUUCACAGGUGGCCAGUGGUAGAAACGAACAUGCGCAGAUAAGCAGCAAAUUGGAGAGUGAAACACAGACGAGAACUCGCCUGGAGUCUGAGAAGCUACACGAGGCGAGGCUGCUGGGCACGCGAUGAAACUCGAGGAGGAACUGGAGCACACUAAACGUGUUCAGGGAGAGACCACUGAACGGUUAGUCUCUAGGAGCGCGGACGUGGAAUCCGUCACCAAAUCUCUG